GGUGCUGUGAGUUUGUGGCGGUGGUGCUGCUGGUGGGGAAACGGUGUUGACCACAGAUUCUUGCUGGUGUGUCUGUGUGUGUGUAUAAAUUUAAAAAAAAAUAGAUCAAUGUGUGUGCGCGCUUGCGUGAGUGACGCGAAGACUCUUCCACUACACCACUGCUGUUUGUGUGUCGUUCCUAUUCAUCUAUUGUUGUUGUAAUCUAGGCUGCUGACAGCGGCAACAUCCUUAGGAAUGCCAAGACUUCGUGUGUUUGUUGUGAUGGGCAACCGUUAAUAAGUGUAAUGUUGUUGACUUGGUGUCGUGUGGUGUUUUCUAAGCGUGGUGUAUAUCAACAUUCAUCUAGAUUAUUAUGGAUCCAUACAUUUUUAUGUCUCUUUGAUUAUUUGAUCCUUCUCUUAACAGUAUGUUUCUUGGAUUAUUUUCUGAAUGGUGAAAUAAAAGUGUAGACAUCUGUGACAUAUUUAUUCAUAGACAUGUGCUUGAGUUUUAUAAAACUGUGGUGUCAAUAAGACAGAUAAGGCACUACAGGACAGAGGUCUUUCAUGGAUCCGCGCUUAGUUAGUUAUAGCCUUACUCUUGCACUGUUUGUGACACUGACAUGCGACUCAAAGCUGGGGAGGCCAAUGGACUUCUGGGUACUAUGGAGAGCAAUGCCAUGAUUCACGAGACCUUGCCACAAGGCAGGAUGGGCCGUUUGAAAAAGGAUGUGACUUCUGGGCUCAGUGACAUCGACUCCUUGGGCUCAGCAGAUUCUAACUAUAGUCAGCCAUCUUCAGACAUCUCACUAGAUGAAGAGAAGGAAGCAUUACGGAGAGAGACAGAGAAGCAGGCUCUAUCUCAGUUAGAGAAGGCUAAGACUAAACCUGUAGCCUUUGCUGUUAGAACCAAUGUGUCCUAUGACGGGUCAGCUGAUGAUGACUCCCCUGUCCAUGGUUGUGCUGUAUCUUUUGGCGUUAGGGAUUACUUACACAUUAAAGAAAAAUUCAAUAACGACUGGUGGAUAGGUCGUCUGGUAAAGGAAGGAUGUGAUGUCAGAUUUAUUCCUAGUCCUGCUAAGCUAGAGAAUCUGAAGACCCUGUCAGGAGGAGGGGGGAGACAGGGGAAACUAUACACAAGUAAAACCAACUCAUCUUCCAAUAUAGAUAAUUUGUUGAAUUCUUCAAAGCCAUCUAACUCAAGGGGAUCUACUCCACCUACUCCAGGUAUUGAAGAGACCCAGAAUGGAGUGGAUAGCAAUGUAGGAGAAGACAGUGAUAGCUUAGGAAACUCCAAGUCCAGUAAAGCCAGUAUAACACCUCCAGCUAAAGAGAAGAGAAAACCUUUCUUCAAAAAGUCUGAAAGUGCCCCACCUUAUGAAGUUGUGCCUUCCAUGCGCCCCGUAGUUCUCAUUGGGCCGUCUCUCAAGGGCUAUGAGGUGACAGACAUGAUGCAGAAGGCACUUUUUGACUUCCUGAAACACAGAUUUGAAGGACGAAUUAUAAUAACAAGAGUAACUGCUGACAUCUCAUUGGCCAAGAGGUCAUUGUUGAAUAAUCCAAGUAAACGAGCCAUUAUGGAAAGAACCAACCCCAGGGCCUCAGGUUUAGCUGAGGUCCAAGCUGAGAUUGAAAGAAUCUUUGAGCUAGCAAGAGCGUUGCAACUGGUUGUGUUAGACUGUGACACUAUCAAUCACCCAUCACAGUUGGCCAAAACCUCACUAGCACCAAUAGUUGCUUAUGUGAAAAUAUCUUCACCAAAAGUAUUACAAAGGUUGAUCAAGUCACGGGGGAAAUCUCAAUCUCGUAACAUGAAUGUACAGUUAGUAGCUGCUGAUAAGUUGGCUCAGUGUGCCCCUGAAAUGUUUGAUGUCAUUCUGGAUGAGAACCAGUUAGACGAUGCAUGUGAGCAUUUAGCUGAGUUUUUAGAGGCUUAUUGGAGGGCCACUCAUCCUCCCAACAUGAGUCCACCCUCGCCCCAUGGUCCCCAUAGAAGUCUGCCUGGCUCCUCCAUGCCUUUGGCCAGACACAACACAGCCCCUGCUAGUCACAUGUCACACAGUCGGUCAGGAAGUCUUGACAGAGUCAGCUCCCCUGAUGGUGAGCGCCAGCACCACCACCGAGAACACAGCAGCCACCACCACCACCACGACAGGCAGGGCAGCAGCAGACACCACGAUGACGACUACGACAGCGACCGGCAUGGUGACCACCACCGCUCACAUGACCGAGAUCAUGAUCACAGUCACACUUCCCCGAGAGGCUCAAAGUAUCCUGUGAGGCAAGGAAGUAUAGACAUUUAGCGUCAGCUUGUUUGCGUAGGGGCACUGGCUGGCUGAAAUCUGAACAUUUGCAUUUUUUUUUUAUUAUUAAAUCAUAUUAUUCCAUUUAUGUGAAUUGUUUAUUUUGCACCUUACUUGACACUUGAAUUGAUGCACACAAACCAGAGGUCAUCAGUGCACUACAGAACAAAGAGAACUUACUAUGCUUGUUUAUUUUUUUGUUGUUUUUUUUUCAACAUUGUUCAACUGUAAAUGCAAAUUUUAAAGGAAUUCAUGUCAAUGAGAAUUGUGGAUUUAUCUUUUUUUCCGGAGGAUAGUAUUCAUUGUGAAUGUAUGACCUGUGAUCUUUUCUAAGCAUAAACUAAAUGCAGACGUGAAUGGGGAUGUAGCUGUGUCAGAAUUGACAAAAAAAAAAAACUGAAGUUCUGCUGGAAUCCCUGGAUUAAUAUUUUUUCUUUCACCAGCCGAUAUGUAUAGUUGGAAUGGAAUCUUGAUAUAUUUUUUUUCUUCAAAUUCUGCAGCCAUAUACGUUAUCUUUUUACAUGUCCUAAUUGUAUACCUUUUACUUUUCUUUGUUUUAACCACCUGUUUACAUCAUUUGAAAUGCAUGGGGGUAUGGGGCUUGAUAGAGCGUGUGAUAUGUGACAUUUAUAAAGUUGAUAUCUCUUAUAGCUUCAAUUUGUUACAUUUUUCUAUGUGCAAUAUUCAUAGGUUUGGAAGGAUAUAUCUGUAUGGACUUUACACUAGCAGAUUUUAUUUUUUUUUAAAUCCAACAGAUCAUUAUAAGUUUCCAACCUAGCUAUACAUAAAUAUUUAUAUAUUUAUACAUUUAUAAUUAUUUAUUUAUUUAUUUCCAUAUUAAUAUUUAUCACAAUUGUAACUUUAAAACUAGUAUUCCUCUCGAUAAAAUGUUAUUAACAAUAUUAAUUCUUACUCAAUGUAUUUCGAUUGAAGAGCUACAGAUUGAAUAUUAAAUUUGGACAAAAGUAAAGAGAUAAAAAGAAAUUUUGCUUGUUAUGAACAAAAUCAUUCUGAUCUUUAGUGCCAAAACCAAAAUUCAAGCUACAUUCGAUGUUAAAUGACAAAACCCAUUCAAACAGCUACUGUUUGUAAAAACAAUCUAAAAUUAUUGUUAUUGUUUGAUCUAUGUCAUUAAUUUAUAACUACACUCAGCUAGUUCAUUGAAGAAAGACAUUUAUUUUCUUGUAUACUUUUGUAAAGAUUUCUUGCAGUUUAUCUCUACGUUUUUGAUAUGCUCUAAAUACUUCAUCGCAAUCUUCACAAAUGUGAUGUGUGAGACUAAUUUUUUAGUUGUCCUGCAUGCAGUGUGUGACCUUUUUGUGUAGGUUUAUAUGGGCUUAGUAAAUUGUCAGUUUAGGUAUCAGUUUUAAUGCAGUUCAUGUUAUGCUGGUUUCAAUGAUUGCUUUUUUUUUUUUUUUUUUUGUUUUUUUUUUUUUACUUUGGCUAUGGGUAUUAAAGAUUAAGAAAUAAGUCAUGUUGAUUUUAGUAACCUAUUAUAUUGGAUCAUUCAGGCAUUAGUGAUAGAUCAUCUGUGAAUUUUGGUAAUAUUGGCUUACAUAUAAUGAUAUUGUUUUCACAAACAGGUCUUAUCACUUAAUUAGCAAAUUGAAAAGGCUUUAAGUAUUUUCACAUUAUUGUCAGUGACGGGGAAGGGGGGGGGGUCAUGAGUAGUUAUCUUUUUACUAGAUAAGCACAUUGAAGUAUUUUCGCAUUAUUGUCAUUGUCAGUGACUCAUGAGAUACAUUUGCUUUGAUUUCUGACCCAUUAGAAUGUGUUCUUGUUUGUAUUUUUUAGUUAACUCAUUUGAUCUUUAUUUUUUGGCCUUACAAUGUGUGAUACAAACAUUCACUACAAGGUAAAUCAACAUUUUCUUUAGAACAGUGAGAAGAUCUAGGUUAAUGAUCUGUAAUUGUGUUUCAUUUUUUAUCAUUUGAAUUUUUUUGGUGGCUGCCUGGUCAUGCAGUAUGCGCUCUGGAUUGUCGUUCGGUCAUCUAGAUGGUCCGCAUUUCCCAUUGUCCUGCAUGAGGUUUGGACUAGGAAUUUUUUUUAAGAAGAAAACAAAAGAUUUGUUUUUGAAUAUUGUUAAAAAGGAGGGAAAGGAGUACUUGGUAUACAGUGUACUUGAGAGGGGAAAAAAAGUUGAGAAAACUGAACUAAUUGAUAGUUCUAGUGGCUUUUUUGCAUGUGAGAAAGAAAAGCUGAUUUUUUUAUUUUUUUUUUUGAGUGCUGAAAUUUGCUGAUAAGUAAUGCGGGUAUCACUUACCUGAUGUUUUUUUUACAUCAGGUCAUAAGCUUUGAGUGUUGUUGUAUGUCCCUAUUUGGUUACAGAUCAGACUAAUAAGCCCCUUUUUUAGUAUUUUGAUUGCAGAAAGGUCUGGAUUUUGUUGGUUUUAUUGCAGUUGAGAUUAGGCUUGCUUGUUUUCUAUCUUCUUUUUGUUGGUUUACUUUAUUUCAUCAUGUUUCCCCUCUGCAUAGAGACUUUAUCUCACCAUAUUUAUACAUUUUUUUUGUAUCAAUCAGUAUGUUUAAUGUAUAGUUCAAAACAUGUUUGGAUUUGGUAUUCAGUUUUGUUACCUAGAGUUAAAAAAAAUAUUUUUAAAAUUUUAUUAUCUUUUUGGGAAUUUGGUAGUCCGUCUACCUCAGCCUGUGUUUGGCAUCAGUUGCAUUAAAGGUAUUUGUUUCUGUUUCCAAUGUUAAGGAAUUUCAGCACUAAAUUACAGAAUGAUCCUGAGUCUACCCAGCACUAAAUUGUAGAAUGAUACUGGGUCUACCCAGCUCUAAACUCUGGAACUAAAUAUAUUGGCAGCAGUAUAUACAGUUUAUCACUAAGCUGACAAGGAUCACCUUUGCAAACAAAUGUAUACACACAAAAAUGAGCUUUUCUUCCCUUUAAGUCUCAAAAAAGAGGUGCAGAUAAUAGAGAGGAAGUGGAGAUGGAUCGGUCACUCCUAGAAAAGAUACCAACAUCAGAGCUAGACAGGCCUUAGAAUGGAACCCCCAUGGCACACCACUGUAAAGUAAGACCUAAAAGAAUGCGAAGCUGUGUACUGGAUAAAGCCGAGAGGACAGGAAAGUGCUGGGAAGUCAAAAAAAAAAAAAAAUAGCAAGAGGCAGUGGAAAGUGACAUGUUUUUACUGAGGCCCUGUGUUCCAUGAGGAAUGCAAAGGAAAGAUGAUGAUGAAGUCUCCAAAAAGAAGUUUGACAUCCAGAAAUGAGAACAUGUAAAUCAUUAGAGAGAAGAUACAUCAUAUUUAACUCUAAAUACUUUAUUGAGGACAUACAACAGAAUUGACUUUUGUAAUAAAGAGAGAGAGCAAUAUUAAUAAAGAUUAAAUGAUUCCCACAAAAAAUGUCCUAGUUUCUUAGAGCAUCAAGUUCUAUCUGCCUUUAUAAUCCUCAGUUGGAACUGAAUAGACUUCACCAGGAUUUAGCUUUGAUUUUUUUUUCUGGAACAUUGUUAGCACUGCGUGUGCACACCUAUAGACAUUUUUCUUUUCUUUUUGAAAUAUAGCAUGUGUGUGUAAUUGACUCAUCAUUCUUCAUCACAGAAGAUGUAAUACCUCUAUAGGUAUUGCAGAGAAAAGAUUGUAUGCAAACAAUUAUUGUUCAUAUUUUUGUAAAUGACCCCCCAAGAAAAAAAUAGUGUAAAUAGUGCUGGUUUGACUGUAUAUGUUUGUGUGUGUGUGUACAUAUUUUUAAACAAUCACAAGGAUUGCAUAUGUUGUUUUUUUUGUUUCCUUCUGCACUGUAAUUUGAUUGUUGAAUGUCUAACUUAUUUCUCAUACUUCCUCCUCCAAGAACUACAAUUGUAAAGGGAUACAGCUUAUUGUGUGACCACCACUGCAUGGCCUUGAGUAAUCAAUCAUUUACCUUGUUACAGCUUCAAGUUUUGUUGCAUUCUUCUCAUAAAAGUGCAACUAUUUGCAGUUAACUACAAUUAAAACAAUCAAAGAUACUGUAAUGUUACAUUUUAAAAAAUGUUAUCAGUUACAAACAUUUUAUAGUAGUGUCUUUUCCAUCUAAAAAAACUGUAGAUGAAUGUUUACAGAAAAAAAAAAUGUAACCAAAUACAAUUAACUUGUCUUAUUCAUGGUAAACGCAUGGCUGAAACUAAUCUGAAAAUACUUUAAUUUUUUUAUCUUUUAAUACAAAGUACAAAAGUAACUUAGAAAAAAAAAUUAUGGUUUACAAAUAUCCUUACACUUCUUCAUUUUAAUUAGAGAUUUCAAUUCAAUUCAUUAGUUUUCCUAGCUGGUUCUGUUAUUUCUCUUUGUAAAGCUGUUAUGGACUCCCAUAUUGAUGAAAUAAUAGACAAGCAAGGCAUAAUGGUUUAUUAAAUAACAUUUUACACAUUUAUAAAAACUUUAUAUGACAUGUAUUAUUAUUUUGGGCAUAACAUUGAGAAAAUAAAGCAGUGAAAUUUUUUUUUAUUUUUCACAGUCAAUUUGGUCACUCAUUGUGGUGCACUCCAAUGUUUGAUGAGAAAAUAGAUAAAAACAUACAACUUAAAAAUCCAAUCUAAAACACCUUAAAAGUCACAUGGGUAAAAAAAAAAUUAUAUUCCAUAAAGCUGGACAAAAGAUAUAAAAGCACAUUAUUUUCAACUGCCAUUAUAGCAAGAAUGUUACCCUAAUUCGGGUAAUAUAACCUUAAUUAAGAAGAAUUCAAAUCUCAAAUUAGCAUAUAACUGAAAUAGAGCAUUUAAAAACAAUUGAUAUGCAUUGAAUGUAAUAAUGUUCCUUUUUAAUUGCAAUGACUUCUAAGACCGGAGAAAGUUGUUUCUCAUAUUACAUGCUUUUGAAGAUGUUAGAUUUCAAGAAAUCACCUUGAAUCAGAUGAUGAAACAACUAAUAAGUACUUAGAUCAAAUAGAUCAGGAGCUAUGAAAUAAAUAUUUUUAAAAAACUAGAAUGAAAUCAUAUUUUCUUUUAUAGCUUUAUUUCUUGACUUAUUUCUAGGACUGUAUUGCCACGAAACAAAAACUCUUUUAGUUGCAAUCAUUCUUAUUGCACUCAGCACAUUUUGCUAUUUCUGUUUCUUCUCCUUGACUAUUUAAACAAAAGUUUUUGUUCAAGUUUUACUAGAUUGUUAUAUCCUGUGCUAAUCUGGAUGUAUAUAGUUAAAGGCCAGAUUUUAGGCUUACUUUUCUGAUAUGUCUAACCGGCUAUUGUACAUUUUUAGGGGGUCAUAAAAUUUGGCUGACUAACACUGAUAACAUUAAUUACCUUCCCCAGUUAAAUGUUGUUUCCAUGUCAAGCGCAUUUAAUGGCCGAAAGAAUGAUACUGUAAGCCCACAUCAUCAAGCUACUGUCUGAUUUCUAUAAGUUGCAUAUAAAUGUUUUCCUAUUUGAUAAAAGACUAUUCGGAAGCCACGAUUCAUUGUAAAAAUAAUAAAAGCACAGACUUGUAUGGCUGUGUGCAGUGGCAUAUCUAGGGUGGGAAGAGGGGGGAACCAAAUUGGGAAAAGCCCCCAGUGUUUGGGGGGGGGGGGGGCAAAUGAGUGUCCAAAAUGUAUUUUUAGAUUAAAUAUUAUGCCGUUAUCUCCACAUGUCAUGAUGUCGAAUGUCAAAAUGCAGGGGGCCCUAAAGAGGUCAAGCCCCACCUGGCCCCCCCCCCCCCCCUAUGUAUGCCACUUGGUUGUGUGUGAUGGAGAUUGUUCAAGUUAUCAUUGCUUCCAUGUUGUAGAAGUAAGUAAAGAACAUUGUCAAUGACUACAGUAUUUGGAAGGAAAGCAUGCUGAGAGCUGAUGUCAAAUGUCUAGGAAUUACUUUAGGUGGCGUUUCUCAUUGUUUUUUUUCACACUAAAGUCUGUAAUUGGGACAUGUUAAUAUAACUAAUUAUAUGUAAAUGUAUACAUAUUAAAUAUUUAUAGCCACAUGCAUGUUCAUUUAUAUGUAGUGGUAUUAAUAUUUAAUAUAUAUACAUAUAUUAUAUAAUCCAAGUAUGCCAGUAUACAUUUACAUACGUAUAUAUGGAUGUCAAGAAAGAUGAGGUGAUUUUUUUUCCAAUCAGUUUAUAAAGCCUUUCGUCCCAUGUCUCAAUUUAUUUUACUUGGCACUUGCCAGUUUGUCAUUUAACAUGUAUAGUGUUUUGAUUUUUUUUUUUAUUAAAUAUCCCUCAGCUGUGAUAUUUAUAAAUAAGAUUACCCUCCACCUCUAAGUUUUUUUGUUUGUUUGUUUGUUUUUUUAUGUAUGUCCACCAUUUCAUACAGACUGUUUUACUAACCUUAUGUGUGUUUCAUUUUCACGUCUGCUCACUAUUUGUCAAUGGACAACAUUUGUGUUCCAUUAUUUGUGAAUGUUUGUUUUUUUUUGGAGUGCAGGGCAAUAAUCAGAAGUGUGAGUAUCUAUUAAAGUUGGCAAAUAAACAAUUUUAUAUUAAUGAAAACAGAAAUAGUCAGUUGAAAUAAAAACAUUAUUAGACUUUUAGAUCUAGUAAUUUUUUUUUUCAAUUAUAAGAUGUUACUACAGAGAGAUGUUCACCCAAUGGACCUUUCAGAGUUACUACUGGCAUUACGUUAGUGGCUGUUCAAUCUGACUAUUAUAUUCUCAUUACUAUAUAAAUGAACUAUUAUUGAUAGCGAGCUUUAUUGGGCUUUAAAAGUGGAUGGACUUUUUUUUUUUUUUUCAAUAGAAACUUUGUUGUUUGUCUAUCUGCUGUGACCUCCAAUUGUAAGGCUGAUAUUAUCAUUUUGAAAUAAUACAAUAUUAUUUGUGUCACAUUGCCCUUUUUAUGCUAUUCAAAAGUUUUUGCAAUUACUUAAGCUAAUAUAAUUCAAUUAUUAUUAUUACCACUUACUAAAACAAACCCUUGAAUCACUUUACUACUAUUCUAUGGAUAUCUUUUUUUCCUUUUUAACACUUGAUAUUUUUUUUUACUAUCAUCAUAAUCAUUUUUUUUUUUUUAUUGCUGUUAAAGUUAUUAUUUAAAAAAAAAAAAGGACUAAUUUAAAGAAUGCCAGAAUUUGCAUGGUUUUCUCAAGUACCUUCAUAUAUUAUAGUGUAGGGGGUACUUUCUAUUGUACAUUGCUUUUUUUUUUUUAUAUUCAAAGUAUUUUUAGCUGGCAUCUUUUCAGACAUCCACUGAGGAAACAUCUCCUCCCCCACCCCACCCCCAACACACACACACAAGAUUAAAAUUAUUGUAUAAAGUAUUUGUAGAGGAUAGCUGUAUUUUCUAUCCUGUAUUUAUUGAUGAUAGUCCAGCACUAGAUAUGGAAACUUGUAUACCUCAUGUGUAUACUGACAUGUAAAGAUAGUUAUUAACGUCUGUAUUCCUCUAUUGAUCUAAUCUAUUAACACUGUAGUUAUAAGGAAGUAAUUCAUUGUUUACAGUUUCGUCUUUAAAAAGGGGACUAUCAACUCUAUAGUUAUCCAAAUGUGUACUAUUAUUAAGUAAAGUUCACAAGUAUUCUUUGUUUUGGCUGUAGCAAAGAAACUGAACUGAUGCCUGCUAGAUUCCCCUUGGUUCACUCCCCUUGUCAUGUUGUUGGUUUGUAAAUAAUAAAAACAUUUUUAUCUCCUGAGUACAGAA